AUGACUCGCCGAAGGCCUUCCAAUAAGAAGCCGACUGGUUUGAAUAAAUCUCUUGGGAAUUCGCUGAGCAAUGAAAGAGAUCGUGUCAGAAAGAGCCACCAGCGAGCAAAAUAUGAUGGAAACGAAGAAGGGAUUGAAAAUCCUGCAUUUACUGAAAAGGUUUGUUCGUUAUUUUCAUAUCUGUUCCAUUUUUUCAAUUAAUAACCUCGUUCAAAGCUAUAAAUUGUGAAAAUUAUCUUUGACUCUCCAAAAUUUCUGUUUUUUCCACUCUUUGAUUUUAAUUUCGAGUUAUCUCUUAAAUAUAUUUGAACGCGGUAUAAUGGGGCGUUCAAAGUUGUUUCGCGAAAUUUAGAAUGAUUUUUGGCUGCGUUGUUAAAUCAUCUUUUUUCUGUAUCUAGCGGUCAGUUAUAUUUCGCCGUAGUUUCUUUUGGAUCAGUUAUAAUUCUCUUUGCAUUUUUUUUUUCUGAAAUCUGGAAAGAUCACUGAUUAUGCCAGAAUGCUACAAAAAAGCUUUCUUUAAGACAACGCUUUGAACUUUGCGCUCGUUUCCGCCUUUACAAAAGCGGCCCUAAGAAGAAAUGCGUUUCUGUGAAAAAAGCAUAACGUUGAUUUGCAGAAAGAAUAAGGUUUCCCCUGCAUGAUGCUGCCAUAAAGCACUGCUCUUUGCACGAUUUCAUUCGAGUAAACUUGUAUUAAAAAUUAUAUUUCACGCACGUGAAGCUGCUCUCAAUUAAAUAAUGAAUCUUUUUUGAAAAGAUGCCAUUUUCAGAGCACUAAAAAAAAUUGAGUCUUCUAACAACAUAGCGACUUCGCGAAACAUCAAAUUGCGAGGGCAUGUUCAACAAACGAAAUGAAACUUGCACCGAAACGAAAUGAGUUUGCUCCAAAACAAGAAUUAGUAUUGUUUCCAAGCAAAUAAGAGGCGUCGAUGAACUCUCUUUCGUUUUGGAACAUGUUCCGUUUAUUCGAUGAACACGUCACGAAUUAGACAUUUUUUGUGCGAAAUUUUGAAUGUGCUUUUAAAGGUCACAUAUCGUUGUAGGAUCGGAUGUUUUCAACGGCUCUUGGAAUUUCUAUUCUGCAAGAUGAACUAAAACGCGUCAAUUCAGAAUUUUCCGAACUUACUUUGAACACGAAAUCAGCUGUAGUAAUCCGAGCCUUCAAACCAGAAAAAUGUUUUGCUUAUAUUAUUCUUGAACGCGGAAUGUAAUGCCGUGUUCAAAGUAAUUUCCGCGAAAUGCAAAAUGGUCUCUGACCCUCCAAAAUUUAGUUAUCUUUCUCUUUCUCUGACGGCUAUUUUGAAUUUCGCGGAAUCACUUUGAACACGGCAUAAUUUUAGAACGAAGACUCGCAUGCAUGUGAGUAGCACCCGUUUAUCGCUAGUGAACUUUUCCGUCGGGAAGUUCACUAGCGAUACGAAAAAAUCAGAAAAGUCGUUCGAAUUUUCGCUGGUCUUUUUUUCUUUUCUUUUUUCAUAACCCAGGCGAUCACCCGAAACUUUAAAAAAACACCGGGUGAUUGGCACCCGUUUCGCAAAAUUAUGACGUAUCAGCCCAACGAGUGCUGCUGGCCUGCAUUAGAGCAGUCUCUUUCAACAGGGCAUGAUAUCCGCUUUCCGUUUAUGCUCUGUGGAAAACUGAAGAAAAAAUCAUGAAUUGAAUGCAGUCAAGUAUACUUUUUUUGAGGAAGUUCAACACAACAUCAAUUCUAUCACUGACGAAACUAGUCUCGAAGAGUUCCUAGCUAAAGCAGAGCUUGCCGGUACUGAUUUCACGGCCGAAAAGCAACAAUUUCACAUAGUUGAAAGGUAUUUCCCAAUCACUUGAGUUCUGAUAAGAAUAAAAAAAUUCGAUUUGAGCUUUUUAUUGCUUGUCGGACAGUUUGAUCAAAAAAUAAAAACUGGGCGCUUUUGGUUUUUUUACAUGCUCGCUAGCCUGCCAUUUUUCUUCUGAGAAGCGUGAAUUGACUUACAGGAAACUUUUUACAGUACCUGCGAACGCAAAUCAUCGAACUUGUAGUUAAAAAUUAUAACUUUUGUUGAAUAACCUGAUAUACGCCUCAAAUCGGAACUUUUUUUCUAUGUAAAAAGCACUUAUGUAAACAAAAAAACACAUCGAUAAUAAAAAGAAACGAAAAUUAUUGAUUUGCCCAUUAAAGUUUUUAUAAAAUCAUUAUUUUCACCAGAGAAGAGUUUUUGAUAUCAAAAAAAUUAAAAAGUUGUACAUUAAUUAUUUGAAGAAAUGCAGCCAUGGUUGUCCCCACGAAACUCGACUUGCGUAAUAACAUCGAACUGCAACGGCGAAAUGAGUAUCGCCUUCGAAUUCCAAGGAGACCGAAAGAUUGGGAGACCGUUGAAGAACUCACGAAAAUGGAAAAUGAAACAUUUUUGCGAUGGCGAUCAGAUCUGAACGAACUACAAGAGGCACGAUUUUUUUAAUGGCAUAUUAUUUUAACUUUUUUAGUUAGAUGGUCUCGUCUUGACUCCUUUUGAACGGAAUCCAGAUAUGUGGAGAGAGCUUUGGCGCGUGAUCGAGAAAAGUGAUAUUAUCGUUCAGGUUUCUUUUUCUAAUAAUUUUUCUCAUUACUCUGUUUCAAGUUUAUAUCUCUGAAGCUUUUUUCUCGUGUUUUUUUUUUCUUCAUAAAAGUUGGCAUAGUUCCAACGUUUUCGGCUUAACUAUUACAUAAAUUGUUUUUUUUUUGUUGCUGUCGCCGAAAACAGGUUAAUGCCAUUCUCAAAGUGAUCUCUGCGAAAGGAAAAACUCUGAUUAUCAUAAAUUUAGUAAUUUUAUUAAAUCUGACGGCUAUUUUGAACUUUACGGACAUCCUUUAGACGGUAUUAGAUUGAUGCCGCGUUCAAAUCUAAUUCGAGAAAGUUUUUCUGGUUCAAAACCACGAGCCGAAACGCAGCAGACUCCCACUGCGUGAUUGGUUGGCCCCGCCCCGCUGACAAGAGAAAUUUUUUGAAAAUAAAUGUAUAUUGGGCAUUUGCCAAAAAGGCGGAGCCAACCAAUCACGCCGUGGGAACCUGCUUCUUUUCGCCGCAUUUCGGCUCGUGGUUUCGAACCAGAAAAACUGUUUCGCUGCGCGCGUCAAAUUAGCUUGGAACGCGGCAUGAGAGAGAUUCGGAAAAGGAAAAAAUGCACAUUCACUGUUAGUUUGUGCGGGAAAAUUUAUUCCGUGUACCAGAUAAUUCCGAGAUUGUCACUAUAGCCGUUCAAGAGCUGAAAAACAACUAGUUUUUGGAGAUACGCAAUAUCGCUAUUUCGCGGAAUUUCUUUUCACAAAGUAACUUAGCAAAACCAUUAAAUUUCCACAGAGUUGCCAAACCAUAAAUUAAUAAAACGUCUAUUUUAAAACUGCCGAUGUUACAUUGAUCGCGGUAUCGAAUUUUCUUUAGGCAUAUUUGUCAUUCAUAUGGUAUUUGGUUGUUUAGAAAGUUUCUUGCAGAUUGUUGAUGCUCGAAAUCCUUUGCUGUUUCGUAGUAAAGACUUGGAUGAUUACAUAAAAGAAGUUGAUCCUGUGAAACAGACGUUGCUGUUAGUCAAUAAGGCGGAUUUGUUACGACCAGAACAACUGAGCCUGUGGGUCGAUUACUUCGACAAAAACCAUAUCAAAGCACUCUUCUGGUUUGAAAAAAAGGAAUUUCAUAUUGUAGUAUGUUUUCAGGUCAGCCUUGGAUGAAAUGCCAACAAUUGAUGAAGAAGAGAAGGAAGGAAACAUUUCGGCUCCUUCAACAUCUGCUAAUAUACAAUUUGCUUCAAGUCGAGAACAACUAAUUAACUAUCUAAAAGAAAUGGGGCGGCCAUUGGAUGAAGCUUGUUCUAAGCCGAUUGUCGUUGGAAUGGUUGGAUACCCGAACGUUGGAAAAAGUUCUACUAUCAACAAGCUCGCCGAGAGCAAAAAAGUCUCUGUUUCUGCGACGCCUGGUAAAACUAGACACUUUCAAACGAUCCACAUUGAUAAACAGGUAAAUUUAAUCGAAAAAAAAUUUCUCAGGAGCGAGAUUUUACAGCUUUGUCUGUGCGAUUGUCCCGGAUUGGUUAUGCCUUCAUUUUCUUUUGGGCGCAGCGAAAUGUUUUUAAACGGUUAUCAAUAAUUGUGUAUAUUUAAUGUAUUUGUUUUAAGGUAUUUUGCCGAUCGACCAGAUGAGAGACCACUUCUCGCCUACAGCUCUUCUGCUAUCAAGAGUCCCAAUUCACGUCAUCGAGUCUAUGUAUUCCGUGAUGCUACCAUCAACAGAUAUACCUUCUGCAUUCAAUCUUCUCACUUCAUUGGCGUACAUGAGAGGGUUCAUGUCGUCUGCUGGAGUCCCCGAUUGCUCUCGUGCUGCUCGACUACUGUUAAAGGAUGUUGUGAAAGGAAAGCUGUUGUGGGUAGCUUCUCCUCCUGGUUAUGAUCAAGAAGAGUUCGAUACUAUCACUUACCCACCUCCGUCAGCUCCAACUGCUGGUAAAGUACAGCUUGAGAAGCUGUCGAAGCUGCAAUUGUUGGAAGGAGAUGAAAUCAAAAGAAGAAUUUUGGAUGCCCAAUUUUUCUCAGAAGAUAAAAGCUCUGCUCACGUCAAAAACUCCAAAACCGGAACCAAUCUUCUUAACCUUGGCACCGUGAUUCCUCGUUCGGAUAUUUUGCUAUCUUCAGGGAAGAAACACUUCAACCGUAAUAAAAAAGAGAAACUAAGACGCUUAUACAACGAAUAAAGUUUAUAUAUGUUAUCGUGAUAUUUUUUUAAUAGUUUGGUUCCUGGGCCAUUUAUAUUUCUCUCUGUCCUUUUAAAAGUUCGAACUUCUAACCACGUUUUCAGGUCAAAAUGGGUAAAAUUAUGAAGCCUGGUAAGGUCGUAUUGGUCCUCCGCGGAAAAUAUGCAGGCCGAAAGGCCGUCGUCAUAAAGCCGCAAGAUGAGGGAUCUGCUGAUCGCACGUACUCUCAUGCUAUUAUUGCAGGCAUCGACAAAUACCCGCUUAAAGUAUCAUUCAAGAUAUUUAUAAGUUCUGAUUCUUUUGAGUUCAGGUCACGAAAAGCAUGGGAAAGAAGAAGUUGGAUAGUAGGAACAAGCUUCGGCCGUUUGUGAAAGUUGUGUCGUACAGUCACUUGUUGCCGACCCGCUAUUCAGUCGAUGUUGCUUUUGAUAAGGCUAACAUCAACAAGGUAAAAAUUAUAAACUCGAAGCAGAAUUAAAUUCAUCUUUAGGAAGCUCUGAAAGUGCCAACCAAGAAACGCAGAGCCCUUCACGAAGUCAAGGCCAAAUUCGAAGAACGUUACAAGACCGGAAAGAACAAAUGGUUCUUCACCAAGUUGCGAUUCUGA